GGGGUCGGGACAUCCCGGAACCCGAAGAAUCGCGAGAUUUGCAGAGAGUGAACCGAUGGAAUGAGCUCGGUGGUCAAGAAGGAGUAAAGUGACUAUUUGCAUUCUCGCCCAACGCUAACAGGUUGAGAAGACACCAUGUCUUGCCUCGUUCUUCUCUGCUUGACAGCUCUCGCCUCCUUCCCGGCGUCCGUGGCGGCCGAACAGCGGAAGCUUUCUCCCGAAAACCUGCUGGUGAUCACCGUGGCAACAGAGGAGACGGACGGCUUCAACCGCUUCAUGAGAACAGCGCGAGAGUUCAACUACACUGUAAAGGUGCUGGGUCUGGGGGAGGAGUGGAAGGGAGGAGACGUGGCUCGGACCGUGGGAGGAGGGCAGAAGGUGCGAUGGUUGAAGACGGAGCUGCUUAAACACGCUGAGGAGAAGGAGAAGGUCGUCAUGUUCGUGGACAGUUAUGAUGUGAUCUUCGCUUCGGGGCCUGAGGAGCUGCUGUCCAAGUUUUCUCGUCUGGGACACAGAGUGGUUUUCUCAGCCGAGGGUUUCUGUUGGCCCGACCAGAGACUGGCCUCCAAGUACCCAGAAGUGCAUUCUGGGAAACGCUACCUCAACUCAGGUGGGUUUAUCGGCUACGCUGCUCAGCUCAGUGCGAUCGUGAAUCAGUGGAAGUACAAAGACAAUGAUGACGACCAGCUGUUCUACACCAAGAUCUACCUGGACAAGACACAGAGGACCAAGUUCAACAUGACUCUGGACCAUCGAUCCAGGAUCUUCCAGAAUCUGAAUGGAGCCGUUGAUGAAGUGGUUCUGAAGUUUGAGAGGGCAAAGGUCAGAGCGAGAAAUGUCGCCUACGACACACUUCCUGUCGUUAUUCACGGCAAUGGACCCACAAAGCUGCAGCUGAACUACCUGGGUAACUAUGUCCCCACAGCAUGGACCUAUGAGAGCGGCUGUGGCACCUGUGACGACGACCUGCUGUUUAUCUCUGAGGAGGAGGAGAUGCCUCUGGUGUACGUUGCUGUGUUCAUCGAACACCCCACUCCCUUCAUGGAGGAGUUCCUGGACCGGCUGUCGACGCUGAACUAUCCCACAGCGAGGAUCCGCCUGUUCAUCCACAACAACGUCGUGUACCACGAGCGCCACAUCCAGAGGUUCUGGGAGCGUCACAGGUCCUUGUUCCCUGGUGCCGUGUUGGUCGGACCCGAGGAGAACCUGAAGGAGGACAAGGCCAGAACCAUGGCUGUUGAGGGGUGUAGGAAGGAUCCAGAGUGCGAUUACUACUUCAGCAUCGACUCCAACGUGGCCCUGACCAACCCCGACACCCUGAGGAUACUCAUCGAGGAAAACAAGUCUGUUAUAGCUCCCAUGUUGUCCAAACACGGGAAGCUGUGGAGCAACUUCUGGGGCGCUCUGAGUCCUGAAGGUUACUACUCCAGAUCUGAGGACUACGUCGAGAUCGUCCAGGGAAAGAGGAUUGGUCUGUGGAACGUGCCCUACAUCACUCAGGCCUACCUCAUCAAAGGCAGCAUCCUGCAGGGUAAGCUGUCCCAGGUGAGCCUGUACGAGGACAAGGGGAUGGACUCAGACAUGGUGUUCUGCAGGAGCAUCAGGGACCAGGGAGUCUUCAUGUUUGUGUCCAACCGCGAUGAGUUCGGCCGCCUGGUGGAUCCAUCCAGCUUCAACACGUCCAGGCUGCACCCGGACAUGUGGCAGAUCUUUGACAACCCUGUGGACUGGAAGGAGAAGUACAUCCACGAGAACUACUCCAGGAUCUUUGAGGACAAGAAGGGCUUCGUGGAACAGCCCUGUCCAGAUGUUUACUGGUUUCCAGCCUUCUCAGAAAAGAUGUGUGACCAUCUGGUGGAGACCAUGGAGCAUCUGGGCCAGUGGUCGUCUGGGUCACACAAGGAUGAGCGAUUAGCCGGUGGCUAUGAGAACGUCCCGACCGUCGACACCCACAUGAACCAGAUUGGCUUUGAGAAGGAGUGGCUCAAGUUCCUCAAAGAGUACAUUGUCCCUGUGACAGAGAAGCUUUAUCCUGGAUAUUACCCCAAGGCCCAGGCCAUCAUGAAUUUCGUGGUGCGUUACCGUCCUGACGAACAGCCGUUCCUUCGGCCGCAUCACGACUCCUCCACCUUCACCAUCAACAUUGCCCUGAACAGGAAGGACAUCGACUAUGAGGGUGGAGGCUGCAGGUUCUUACGCUACGACUGCAAGGUUGAGUCUCCCAGGAAGGGCUGGUCAUUCAUGCACCCUGGCCGGCUGACGCACUACCACGAGGGUCUGCCCGUGACCAAAGGCACCAGAUACAUCAUGGUGUCCUUCGUCGACCCCUAGACUGACUGUGAAGCAUCACAGGUCGUCGCAGAACAUGUAGGUUUUUCUCUGGAACUGGUUAUUUGUGAUUGGAUCCAUGUGUCCUGCGUCUUCGCCAGGUCGAAUCUGUACCUGUGACUCACAAGCUGUGGAUUUUUUUCAUGUCAUGAAGCAGCUAUGUUGUGAUGAGACUGUGACAUGGAUUCGAAUGCAUCACUUACUAUUUCACAAGAGUAAAUUUAUUUCAUCUUUAUUUUUAUUCAGACAAGCAUAGGUGAUGAGUUGAUGAACAGGUUUUCAGCUUUAUUUACAUUCUUUAGUCCUAUUGACACCAAGCUGCCUUACACAUGCUAAACUACCUAAACCUAUGCAAGCUGAACACACUCCAUGAUCUGACAGCAUGCAGCAGGGGCCUGGCUGGGUAGGGCCAGGUAAACACGGCAUCACAUUGGCAGUUACCAUGGCAACCGUCAGAUUACACGGUGUGAUGGGGCAGACUGCAACAUUCAGACAAGUUUCUUUUUGGUUUUAGUGUGUGAACUGAUGAGGUUUUUAACUGUUACUAUAUAAGGACCUUUUUAUGAUUUUUUUCCUGUUUAGUUUUUUAUGCAUCUUCUUUGCAUACUGUUGUGUAGCUAGUUGUGGUUAUUUUGUGUCAGAAUGCAGCAUCCUGGUUCAGGUAAUGAAGAACCCUCUGCUGUUUUGGCUUCUCUCUCCAUUUGUGCCUGUCGAUCAAAGGGAUCACUCUCCAGCUUUGUACAAACUGCGUUAAAUUAUUAAGGGUGAGAUGAGAUUUAAUAAAUAAUUUUACUGUUA